ACAGGUAGACGGAUACUCUUAUAUUUGUUACUGGUACAUGCAUAAAGAGUGAGGGCUAAAAAUAUUAUUAAUUCCAUCGUCAUCUGCUUUUAGAUUGGCUGUCAAAACUGUUGAGUUUUAAUAUACCAGCAACUGAAGUGAAAGUGAUAAUUAUAUAAUUUGCUAGAUUUCUAAAGGUUAAUUUCAUUAAGAAGGUUUCUCAUAUGAUGGAUGGCUGGAUGUAUUAGAGGUUCCCUUCUACCUACUGUACACAUUGAACUUUGAAUAUAUUAGGAAAACAUAUUAAAAUAGGUAAAAGUCAUUCAAAGUACCAAAAACGAUAUUUCCGCUAGAUCUGUUGCUGAAAUUGGAGGAGCGUAUUGCUGUGCUUGUAUUAUCUGCUGUCUCGCCUUUCAUCAUACUGAAUUAGAUUUGAUAUCCUGGGAUUUAACUUCAAAUAGAUAUCUCGUGCUGUCUAGAUUCUAUUACGGACUCUCUAAUGUAUAAACUAUAUACAUGGAUUAACACUCCUGUACUGAAUCCAUAUUGACUAGUACUUCGCAAAGGUGUAAUGCUGGGCAAGAGAGAUGGGAGUUUUACAGCGAUAGACUUAAUCGUUUAUAUACCGAUAAUAUGCAUCGAGUGGUAGACCUGAGAUUUGACAAAUUAUUGCAUCCAUUCUGCACAAGUUUCAUCAAAAGUUGGAUUGAUUGAAGUUAUUGAACUAAAGUUGAGAUUGAUUGAACUAAAGUUGGAUUGCUGACGUUGACAUUCUUCAACCCACCCAGACGUUGUACUGCCGACUAUUCUUCUUGGAUCAUUCAUUGUUCAGACUUUUAAGCCGAUCUCACAGAAUUUUCAGCUGAUUGUACAAAAAAAGUUGUGCUGAAUUUUUGAACCGUGUUCUUGGCAAAAAGAGGACUUCAAGUUCAAGCAACUAAUAUUUCACAAUGGAUAGCAAUUUCAUUCCUAAGUUAGUGAACGGGUAUCAGAGUCCCAACAUGGCUGAAGCUCACGCGGCCGUUGCGUUUCAGUUCACUGUCACACCAGACGGCAUUGAUCUCAAUGUCAAUCAUGAAGUCCUCAAAGCAAUCUUUGACAGCGGCAAACGAUCAUGGGGCGACAAGUUCAGGAGAUUCCAGAACCAUAUGGUCACAACGACCUACCCAGCUAGUCCUGCUAGUUGGUUAGCUGUCUUGGUAGCUAUCGUAGCCUGUAUCUUGGCUAAAAUGGACCCAUCUCUAGGAGUGAUUGAUUUCAUCAAAGAUCACUUCUUACCAGUGAGCCUGCUGGGUGAGAUGGUAACCGCAUCCCUAUCGGUCCUCAUCUUUGUGACCCUUCUCUGGCUGUUCAUCAUCUACAUGCUACGAUACACACUCAAGAUGAUCCUCUCUUACAGAGGAUUCAUGUAUGAGACUCAUGGCAAAGUGUCUUGGCAAACUAAACUGUGGCUGAUAAGUCUGAGGGUGUUCUGUGCAAGGCAUCCCAAGCUAUACAGCUACCAGGCCUCUCUACCAAAUCUGCCGCUACCAAAGCUCAAAGAAACUAUGGAAAGGUACCUGAGAUCAGUCAAAGGCUUCCUAAGCCCUGAAGACUACGGUGAAAUGGAACGUCUUGCUGAAGAGUUUCAAUCUUCUAUCGGUGAUCGCCUCCAGCGCUACCUACAGCUCAAAUGGCUCUGGUCUACAAACUACGUCAGUGACUGGUGGGAAGAAUAUGUGUACCUGAGGGGCCGCUCUCCAAUCAUGGUCAACAGCAACUAUUAUGGAAUGGACGGUAUCGCUAUCAAGCCCACCUGCUUCCAAGCUGCCCGUGCUGCUAACGUCACAGUAGCUCUGUUACAGUUCAGAGAGGAGAUUGAUCAUGAAGUGGUGAAACCCAUCAUGGUCCAGAAGGCUGUACCUCUGUGCUCUCAGCAGUAUGAAAGAGCUUUCAAUACGACCAGAAUCCCUGGCUUAGAGACGGAUAGACUGAUCCAUCACGCAACCAGCAACCACAUUGUCGUCAUGUCUAAAGGACGCUAUUACAAGCUUAUCAUCCAGUCAAAUGGAAGCCUUAUCAAGCCGUGUGAACUAGAGAAGCAAUAUCAGGAGAUUUUGGAUGACCCAGAGGAGCAUCAUGCUGAGCGUCGUCUAGCCGCACUCACUGCAGGAGAUAGAAUCCCAUGGGCCGCAGCUCGUCAACGCUUCUUCAUGGAUGGUGUGAACAAGACCUCUCUUGCUGCCAUAGAAACAGCUGCCUUUGUGGUUGUCCUUGAUGAGGAGGUGCACGAGUAUGAUAUCGAACCACUAAGAGAGUUUCUCAAGAACCAGGAGAUACCUUCAUGGGUCAAGGGAGAUCCUUUCGCACAGAAGGAUCAGGGUGAUGGAAAGUUGGACAAGUAUGCAGCCUCCCUUCUCCAUGGUAACUGCUACAAUCGUUGGUUUGAUAAGUGUUUCAAUCUCGUUGUCUUCAAGAACGGACACAUCGGACUCAAUGCUGAGCACUCACUGGCUGAUGCUCCAAUCUACAGUCAUACCUUUGAGGAUGCUGUGGUCGAGGACAUGCUACACAUGGGAUACACACCAGAGGGACACACGAAUGGAGAAUCAACCAGGGUGCUGAAAGCCCCCCAAAGACUACAAUGGGAGAUUCCAAGUGAGUUGGAAGACAUCAUUGAGACGAGCUACCAGGUAGCUCAGAAGCUUGUAGAUGAUGUUCAGAUACAUGUCAGAGUUCAUAAUAAGUUUGGUAAGGGUGCUAUGAAGAAGUGUAGGAUCAGUCCAGAUGGUUUCAUUCAACUUGCAAUGCAACUUGCCUACUACAGGGAUGCCAACCGUUUCUGUCUGACCUAUGAGUCAUCCAUGACCCGUCUAUACCGUGAGGGUCGUACAGAGACCGUCAGGUCAUGCUCGGUCGAGUCAUGUGACUUUGUACGCACCAUGGAAGACCCAGACAGCACGAAGGAGGAGAAGCUGGCCAAGUUUAACCUCGCUGCUGUCAAACAUGUCCAGAGCUAUAGAGAUGCUAUGUGCGGCAAGGGAGUAGACAGACAUAUCUUCUGUCUCUACGUUGUCUCCAAGUACCUUAACCUGGAUUCACCAUUCCUUAAGAAGGUUUUGAGUGAGCCAUGGCGUCUGUCCACUAGUCAAACACCGCCCUCACAGACGGGUAAAGUCAACGUCAAUAAGAAUCCAGAAUGCCUCUCAGCUGGAGGAGGAUUCGGACCGGUUGCUGAUGAUGGUUACGGAGUAUCUUACAUCAUCGCUGGAGAGAAUCUUAUCUUCUUCCAUAUAUCAUGCAAGAACAAGACUGGCAACACGAAUGCUAUUCGCUUUGGAGACAACAUCGAGCAAGCUUUGGCUGAUAUCUUAGCUCUCUUUGAUAAGGAUAACUAACUUCAUUCCCUCCCUAAUCAAGCCAGCAAACAUUGUAUUAUUCUGCAUUCAUCAAGAAAAGAACCAUCUUAGGAAUAAUCUGAGUUCAAUUAUAUGUUACCAACAUAGGUAUAAUCAAGACCAGCACAAAUCGUAUUAUUCAUGAAAUAAUCAUUUUAGGCAUAAUCUCGACACCUUUACUUGAAUUUGAAAUAACCCAGUAGUAAAUAUACAGGUGCAUUCAACCAUGACCAUAUGAACAUGGACCUCAACAUUUCAAUUUAGAAUAAAUUACGUUUCCGUAACCAUAAUAAGAGGUACUAAUACAUUAUAUUAUCUCUUGAUUUUAAUUGUGUAAAUAAAUAAACAAUGCCCAUGCCAUAAAAGCCGGCAUGGAUUGAUUUGAUGAGGUUUGAAAUUAAAGACACAACAUAAUAACACAACUUUUUAUUAGAAGGUAAUUAAAAUGUAUUGCAAAGUAUUCCGCAAGAUGGUAUUAAGUUCUGUUUCAUUGAAGUUUUGAUGUUAUAUAAUAACACGUUCAGUGAAUGUACUAUAUUGGUAGGCUUUAUGUUAAUGCUACACAUUAUUUGAUUGGCAUUGAGUAAUACCAAGUCUUUGAUAAGGCAGUGCAAGCUAUUCAUUGAGGAUAAGAUAUAUUUGUUUAAAACAUUCUGAAAUAAGAAGAAAACUAACUUGUAUAUGAAGUUAAGAGAUCAUGAAAGAUAUUCAAAUAAUAAUAGUCUAGUUUUCCAGUGAAUUGCUUUCUACUUUCUACUUUCUAGAGACAUGUAACAUACAGUAGUUAAAUUAUCUGUAGAAUUUAUUUUUGAUAGGAAUAUAAUUUAUUGGGAAUCGUUAGGUGUAGUUAGAAUGUGAAUUUUGAAUAAUAUUCAGCCAAUUUUGGCUCAAAUUCAACCUUGAUGUAGGCAAUGCCAGCAAUAAUUAUGGUAGAAUAUAUUGGGGAAAAAUCUGAGUAAAUUUAUGUGAGAUGAACAUAAGUCACCUUAAUGAUGAUUGGUUAGUGGACUUUUAUUCUUUUAUUUAUUGUAUACUUGGAUACACACAAGUGUAUUUAUAUGUGUCUGUUUACCAAGAAUUUUUUUAAAGUUCAAACUAGGGGAUUAUUGCUAAUUUUCACAUUAAACAUAUAACUGGUGGCCAGGCACAAUGUCAAUCAGUAUUUCCAAGCAUUCAAAUAUUGAAAGACAGGUGAGAUAGUAAAAUUGGAAAACGAUCAGCUUGGAAAAAAAUAGAAAAUGCAAAUGUGUAGCAUUAGGGAAGAGAAGAAACAUUUGAAACAAUCAACUUCAAUUAUGAUACAUGUUAUAUUUUGUGUGUGAUUGUUGUAUUAUUAUAAUCUUCUCAUAGUCCAACUACCAUGUACAUAGCCGAUGGUAAGAUUGAUGCGUUAUUACAUGUCGGUUGUAUGUCAGAUAUUCAUAGGCAGGUAUGUGAGGCCGUAAGCAAGGCGGGUGUUCUACUUUUCUAUAUAUUUGUUUGAUGUGUCUUAUAAGUUAUAUUUAUUGGAUAUUAUGUAUUGCCAGCUGUAUAUAUUCUUUACAGAGUUUUUUUUGUUUUGUUUCCAAGGAGAUUUUUAAACACAUAUCACUGUUGCAUGUCAUUACUAUAGUGAUCAUAACACUGAGUAAUAAUUUCAACUGUUGGGCAUAGGAAAAUGUAUAUUUUCUAAAUGUUAUUUAGUUUUUUAAAGAUGAGGCAAAGUUUCUGUGGUAAGAUCACUAGAUGUGCUAUUUCCCACUGUAAUCUCUUCAUUAAGUUUGUAUCAAGAGCCUGUUAUAUAUUACACUAAAUUUUACCUUCUUGCUUUUGGGCAAUUCUGCUGAGUUCACAUAGAUAUGAAAUAUAUAUAUAUUACCCUAUUGUGUUAGAAAUAUCCUACCUAUGCUGCAUAUUAUUUAUUCCUACCUUUCUCUCAGUAAACUUACUUCUCUGCACAUACAUGUGUAGACCUACAAAUCACUGUUCACACACAGUGACAAGAAAAAUGUUCAAUUGCCCAUAACAUAAAUAUUUGUUGAAAUUCAAGACAAGGAUAAAAAAAA